AUUCAUCAUGUUACAGAAAAUGGAGGACUUUAUAAAAGACCGUUUAAUGAAGUUUUUGAAGAAACACCCAUGUUGGUUGCUGUGCUCACAUAUGUAGGGUAUGGCGUACUCACCCUCUUUGGAUAUCUUCGAGAUUUCUUGAGGCAUUGGAGAAUUGAAAAGUGCCACCAUGCAACAGAAAGAGAAGAACAAAAGGACUUUGUGUCAUUGUAUCAGGACUUCGAGAACUUCUAUACACGAAACCUCUACAUGAGGAUAAGAGACAACUGGAACCGACCCAUCUGCAGUGUGCCAGGAGCCAGGGUGGAUAUCAUGGAGAGACAGUCCCAUGACUACAACUGGUCAUUCAAGUACACAGGGAAUAUAAUUAAAGGUGUUAUAAACAUGGGUUCCUACAACUAUCUUGGAUUUGCAAGGAACACUGGAUCAUGUCAGGAAGCAGCUGCUGAAGUUCUCAAGGAGUAUGGAGCUGGAGUGUGCAGCACUCGCCAGGAGAUUGGAAACCUGGACAAGCACGAAGAACUGGAGAAACUGGUAGCAAGGUUUUUGGGUGUGGAAGCUGCUAUGACUUAUGGCAUGGGAUUUGCAACAAAUUCAAUGAACAUUCCUGCUCUUGUUGGCAAAGGUUGCCUGAUUCUGAGUGAUGAACUGAACCAUGCAUCACUGGUUCUAGGAGCCAGACUGUCGGGAGCAACCAUUCGAAUCUUCAAGCAUAACAAUAUGCAAAGCUUGGAGAAGCUUUUGAAAGAUGCCAUUGUUUAUGGUCAACCUCGGACAAGAAGGCCCUGGAAGAAAAUCCUAAUCCUUGUGGAAGGCAUAUAUAGCAUGGAAGGGUCUAUUGUUCGCCUUCCUGAAGUGAUUGCUCUCAAGAAGAAGUACAAGGCAUACUUGUAUCUGGAUGAGGCACACAGCAUUGGGGCCCUUGGCCCUUCAGGGCGAGGUGUGGUAGACUACUUUGGCUUGGAUCCCGAGGAUGUAGAUGUUAUGAUGGGAACAUUCACAAAGAGCUUUGGUGCUUCUGGAGGAUACAUUGGAGGCAAGAAGGCGCUGAUAGACUACCUGCGCACACAUUCUCACAGUGCUGUGUAUGCCACGUCAAUGUCACCACCUGUGAUGGAGCAGAUCAUCACCUCCAUGAAGUGCAUCAUGGGGCAGGAUGGCACCAGCCUUGGCAAAGAAUGUGUACAACAGUUGGCUGAGAACACCAAGUAUUUCAGGAGACGCCUGAAGGAAAUGGGAUUCAUCAUCUAUGGCAAUGAAGAUUCCCCGGUGGUGCCUUUGAUGCUCUACAUGCCAGCCAAAAUUGGCGCCUUUGGGCGGGAGAUGCUGAAGCGGAACGUUGGUGUGGUUGUGGUGGGAUUUCCUGCUACCCCAAUCAUUGAGUCCAGAGCCAGAUUUUGCCUGUCAGCAGCUCAUACCAAAGAAAUACUUGACACGGCUUUAAAGGAGAUAGAUGAAGUUGGAGACCUGCUGCAGCUGAAGUACUCACGCCGUCGGCUGGUGCCUCUGUUGGACAGGCCCUUUGAUGAGACUACCUAUGAGGAGACAGAAGACUGAGCCUUUUUGGUGCUCCCUAGAGGAGGAAACUCCCUCCCAGGACAGUGUGUGGCCUUUCUGAGCCAGUUCCAGAACCACACUUCAGUGACCACCUCAUGUGAAAGACAUUUCCGAAGCUACUGAAGGUGGACACCUCCACUCCAAAUGGCAUUUUGUAAAUAGUAAAAAAAGAAACAAACUGCUUCACAUUCUUCCAUUGUUUGCUAAGUCUCACCUUUAUAUAAUAUAUAUAUAUAUAUAAA